AUGUUCACCGAGAAGAAAGAGACUCGGGCGUACUUCGAAUGUGGUACAAGAUCUCAAGCCUUCCAACACCAAGGGGAUUCUUGCUCGGGACCGGUGUCAACCACUAAGAAGAUCUCCCUGGAUUCUGGUGUUAGUGAUCAUAUGGUUAGAGGUGAUUCGGUUAUCGAAGACUGUCGUGCUGUGAAUCCAGUUACGGUUUUUACCCAUUAUGACCCAGCAAUUCCAGAAAGAUCCAAAUUCAGAUCCAGAUCCAGAUCCAGAUCCAGAUCCAGAUCCAGAUCCAGAUCCAGAUCCAGAUCCAGAUCCAGAUCCAGAUCCAGAUCCAGAUCCAGAUCCAGAUCCAGAUCCAGAUCCAGAUCCAGAUCCAGAUCCAGAUCCAGAUCCAGAUCCAGAUCCAGAUCCAGAUCCAGAUCCAGAUCCAGAUCCAGAUCCAGAUCCAGAUCCAGAUCCAGAUCCAGAUCCAGAUCCAGAUCCAGAUCCAGAUCCAGAUCCAGAUCCAGAUCCAGAUCCAGAUCCAGAUCCAGAUCCAGAUCCAGAUCCAGAUCCAGAUCCAGAUCCAGAUCCAGAUCCAGAUCCAGAUCCAGAUCCAGAUCCAGAUCCAGAUCCAGAUCCAGAUCCAGAUCCAGAUCCAGAUCCAGAUCCAGAUCCAGAUCCAGAUCCAGAUCCAGAUCCAGAUCCAGAUCCAGAUCCAGAUCCAGAUCCAGAUCCAGAUCCAGAUCCAGAUCCAGAUCCAGAUCCAGAUCCAGAUCCAGAUCCAGAUCCAGAUCCAGAUCCAGAUCCAGAUCCAGAUCCAGAUCCAGAUCCAGAUCCAGAUCCAGAUCCAGAUCCAGAUCCAGAUCCAGAUCCAGAUCCAGAUCCAGAUCCAGAUCCAGAUCCAGAUCCAGAUCCAGAUCCAGAUCCAGAUCCAGAUCCAGAUCCAGAUCCAGAUCCAGAUCCAGAUCCAGAUCCAGAUCCAGAUCCAGAUCCAGAUCCAGAUCCAGAUCCAGAUCCAGAUCCAGAUCCAGAUCCAGAUCCAGAUCCAGAUCCAGAUCCAGAUCCAGAUCCAGAUCCAGAUCCAGAUCCAGAUCCAGAUCCAGAUCCAGAUCCAGAUCCAGAUCCAGAUCCAGAUCCAGAUCCAGAUCCAGAUCCAGAUCCAGAUCCAGAUCCAGAUCCAGAUCCAGAUCCAGAUCCAGAUCCAGAUCCAGAUCCAGAUCCAGAUCCAGAUCCAGAUCCAGAUCCAGAUCCAGAUCCAGAUCCAGAUCCAGAUCCAGAUCCAGAUCCAGAUCCAGAUCCAGAUCCAGAUCCAGAUCCAGAUCCAGAUCCAGAUCCAGAUCCAGAUCCAGAUCCAGAUCCAGAUCCAGAUCCAGAUCCAGAUCCAGAUCCAGAUCCAGAUCC